GAGUUGGUGUUGGGGUCCACGUCGGGUUGAGGAGUUGGAGGCUGGGGCCAGGUACGGGACAGGACGUACAGGUUUCGUUUGCAGGUGGCUAGCAUUGGAGAGGGUCUCAAUGAAGGAAUUCGAGUGGACUGGUGUGUAAGCGAGGUUUUUCCUGUAGAAGCGUAGAUGGAGUAACCGUCCGCCUCCUUUCUCACUGUUGUUGUUCAAGUCGCCGUCCCCAUUUCAGUCUAGCUUGGGGACACUCGUACAUUUUAUUACACCGAUGCAAGAGCUUGAAUCCCUUCACUCACCACGAGCCACCGUUCACACCUAUAAUAACACCGUACUCGGCCAGCACCGUGCGACCUGCGUCGGGUGUUCCACAGGCCCUGCUCAUGAGAUUGGGUUGUCCAAGUUGUCUUUAAAGUUGAACUGCCAUGGCAAAGUCGGUGAGAGAAGGACUCGUCGCAAAACACCAACUUCCAGAUCCAAACACAGCAGCCCCGAUACUCCCGUCUCCAAAUUGCCAUUUGCUUGUCCGAGGUAUCCCGACACCGCCAUCAAGCCCCCGCGUCAGCAGCUAGAGAACACCUGGAACACAGAGGCAACCCCACCACACCACAGGCACUCUUGGUUCUGUGUUCUGUUGGACAGCGCGCACACACACAACAGCAAGCACUGUCCUGCCCUUCCCCGUCAUCAAGAUCUACACCUCCCCUUACACGUAGUAACGGGGAAUAACAUAAUUGGAGGCCAUUGGGGACAGCUUCUGGAGCAAAGCACAAACAGUCCAUUGGUAUGACAAUGUUCCUCUUAUCUUUUUCGGUUUUUGCACUUUUUUCUACCCCACGUCGGCGGUCUCGAGUCGCUCUUUCCAUCUUGUCGACUGCCCUUCGUUCUCCCUAGACAACCACUGAGAGCC